GAGAAGAACAAUAGCUGCAUCUCUUGUCAAAGUAGCAAAGCGACUCGUUUCUAUCAUUUCAAUGCAAUUCUCAGAGAAAAGCAUGACACAUCUCUUGAUACCGCUAUUUAUGGGCACUCUGUUCCCUUUGACUUCUUUGGCAAGAGGAGGACCGAGAAAACUCCAGCGAGGGAUCCCAGAUGCUUUCGAGAUAUUCUCCCGGUUUCCCGACGUUGUGGAGAUUUCCAACUGGAACGACGAUGAUUUUUUUGAGUGCUUGAAGGGCAAACAAGUUUUCUUCGAUCCUCAAGCCAAGAAAACCACAUAUAUAUUCACUUAUAAAGGCCACAACGGAGCAGAUAAGACAGAUGUCGCUUACCAUAUUAGCCAAGGCCCAGCGAUAAAUGAAAUCAUCUACUACCUGGACGAUGAUGUACAGCACAAGGACAAGGGAAUCUUGCAUUACACUGACUACACCACUUGCAACGUCAUUCAAGGACCUUAUCACGGAGACCAGUGCAUGCUUUUUGUUUCAAAAGAAUCCGCUGACAACGUCACACAAGACUGCAUAGAACAGUAUAAUGACAUUUGUGGCGCUGGAUUCAGCAUGUAUGCCCGCGACUUGUGUCCGGACGACGAAGAAUAAUACUGAAACAUCUAUCGCAUUUCGUUUACCACUGUAAGUCCUCAUAGUUGCACAUGUCUACACCCCACUCAUGUCCCAUUUAUGAAGAAUAUAUCCUGUCUAUUCGAUAAGAUGCCUGUCGCUAUGCACUCUUUUUAGCGGGCAUUUUAUGCUCACACUGGUACACUGGUGUGGGCACUAUGUAACAAUUCCCGAAAGGCCACCACAGCAAAGUCCA